AUGAAAAAUAAUUAAAUAUUGUAAAUAUUUCAAAAUUGAGAAAACUAUUGAUCGAAUCACAAAUUCUGUAUAAUUAUUGAGUUAUAUAUUUGUAAACUGCAUGUUUAAUCUAUAACUUCUACAGUUUUAAGAAAUUUUGUUAUUAUAAUGGUUGAAAUGUUAGAUUGGGAGCAUGAAGAUCCUCUCACAAAAUUAAAUACACAAUUGAAUAAAUCUAUGGUUUUAAUUGAAAAUGUAGUAAAUGAUCAUCCGCAGUUAAAUAAAAGGAAUAAAACUAUUAAAAUAACAACAAAAAGUACUUCACCCAAAGGAAAUACUUCUAUGAAUGGUACACAUAGAAAAAGUAUUCUGAAGAAAUCAGAAAAUAUAAAUAAUGAAGAAAGAAAUCUUGAGGAAAAUAUAACAGAUACUAACUUAGAAGCAGAUGUUGAAAUGAAUCCUGAUACAGUAACAGUAAAAUCAUCAUUGAGACCACAAAAUCUUCAAGAUUUGAUGAAAGAAGAAAUUUUAACUAUGGAGUCUACAAGUUCUAGUUUCAAUUUCGAUGAUAUAUCAGACAGCGAAGAUAUUUUUGUUAUGGAUAUACCUAAAACAAUAAAUCCACAAGAAUUAAUUGGACAGACCUUAGUAUUAGGAAAUAAAUCAAAAUUUAGAGUUGGAGAAGAAAAAUACUGUGCUAUUAAACGAGAUUUGAAACACAACAUUACUUGCGUAUUUGGCACUGGUAAAAUAAACCCACAAUAUAAAGCAGUUAAUAUAAAACCAGCAGGCUCUAUAACAAUUAGGAGAAAAUUAUCGAGUGUACCAAAAGUUAAACCCGUAUUGUUAGAAAAUUUAGGCGUUCCAUUUCCUGAAAAUUUAAAAACGCGUCAUCCAUUGUUAGGUGUUAUUUCUGAGAAUAAAUCCAAAAAAGAAUUAAAAACGAGUGGAUCAACUAAUAAGAAGAGAAAGUCACAAUGAUAAGAAAAUGACUACCAUAAUAUAUAUAUAUGUAUAUAUAUGUAUAUAUAUAUAUAUAUAUAUAUAUAUAUUUAACUUUUUAUAUAUAAUAUACAGUUAUAUACAUAAAUUGUUGAAAACGACGUAUUACCAUGUAAUUAUGAUCUAAGUAUAACUAGUAAAGAUAUUGAAAUAAUGAUUCUCAUAAACAAUUUUUUCAAAUUUAUUACAACACAUAAAUCAAUUCAAGCACGUUCUUUUACACGCAGAAAAUUUUAUCUUCGAUCGGUUUUACAGGAAUAUUUGUUUGGGGUGGUUGGUAGAACUGUAAACAUAAAUAACUAAAACAAUUUUUGGGCAAAGCGGUAAAUGUAAAAAUUAACGUGUAGCUCGAACGCAUAAUAUUAAGAAAUUGACAUGCAAAAAAAUGUACAGAAUCGAAUGAGAUGUAUAAAAUAAGAUCGACGUUACAUGCGCAGAUAUCAAUAAUAAAAACGAAGGGCGCGUCGAUACUGACCAAUACUAAAAAAGAGACGUUUUACGUAUUUAUAAAGAGUAAAUCCGCGUCUCCACGACAUGCGCUCUGACAAUUCUUUCCCCUCCCUUCGUUCCUCACUUCGUUCGGGGUCCCUCUGGUAGUCACAGCGUGUAAUGUCCGUUCCUGCGCGCUCAAGUUGCGCGUUCGACCAAAUUUCGGGAAGCUUAGAAAAAAAUUUUCCAGUAGAGAAAAGAGAGAUUUCUUAGUGGAAAAGUUUAAGAACAUUGUGCAAGGAUAUUAGAACAUAAAGGAAAGUAGCAAGCUUUGUUAAUAUCUAAAAUACUGUGGAAACCCUUUGUGUAUGUGCAUUAUUGAAAGGAGAGGUAUUACAGGUCAAAAGUAGGAAGAAAUACAUUGUUAAUUGUUGUGUCUUUUGGACGAACGU